UCUGUUUUCCCCUACAGUGAUCUCAGUAUGAACAACAUUACUAAGCUGCCCUCAAACCCCGUGCACAAUCUCCGCUUCCUGGAAGAGCUACGUCUUGCAGGAAAUGGCUUGACAUACAUUCCUAAGGGAGCAUUUGCUGGCCUUUUCAAUCUUAAAGUGCUGAUGCUGCAGAAUAACCAACUACGCCAAGUUCCUACUGAAGCACUCCAGAACUUGCGCAGCCUGCAGUCUCUACGUCUGGAUGCCAACCACAUCAACUAUGUGCCCCCCAACUGCUUCAAUGGCUUGGUCUCCCUUAGACACCUGUGGCUAGAUGAUAAUUCUUUGACAGAAAUUCCCGUCCAAGCUUUUAGAAGUUUACCAGCACUUCAGGCAAUGACAUUGGCACUGAAUAAAAUUCAUUACAUACCAGACUAUGCUUUUGGAAACCUCUCUAGUUUGGUAGUUCUACAUCUCCAUAACAAUAGAAUCUACUCCCUGGGAAAGAAAUGCUUUGAUGGGCUCCACAGCCUAGAGACUUUAGAUUUAAAUUACAACAGUCUGGACGAGUUCCCCGCUGCUAUCAGGACACUAACAAACCUAAAAGAACUGGGAUUUCAUAGUAAUAACAUCAAGUCAAUACCUGAGCGUGCAUUUGUGGGUAAUCCAUCACUUAUUACAAUACAUUUUUAUGAUAACCCUAUCCAGCUUGUUGGAAAAUCUGCUUUUCAACACUUACCCGAACUCAGAACUCUGACUUUAAAUGGUGCUUCACAGAUAACAGAGUUUCCUGAUCUGACAGGGACUACAAGUCUGGAGAGUUUGACACUCACAGGAGCACAGAUCACCUCUCUCCCUGAGUCAGCUUGUGACCAGUUACCUAAUCUCCAAGUGCUGGAUCUGUCUUACAACCUGCUGGAAGAUUUACCCUGUUUUACUGCAUGUAAAAAACUCCAAAAAAUUGACUUGCAUCACAAUGAAAUCGGUGAAAUCAAAGCAGACACAUUUCGGCAGCUGGCUGCUCUUCGAUCUCUGGAUUUAGCUUGGAACAAAAUUAAAAUUAUUCACCCCAAUGCCUUCUCCUCUUUACCAUCUCUGAUCAAACUGGAUGUGUCAUCCAACCUUUUGUCUUCUUUUCCUGUGACGGGGCUACAUGGUUUAACUCAUUUAAAAUUAACAGGAAAUCAUGCUCUACAAAGUUUGAUAUCAUCUGAAAAUUUUCCAGAACUCAAGGUCAUGGAAAUGCCUUAUGCCUAUCAGUGCUGUGCCUUUGGAGCUUGUGAGAGCCACUACAAAAUCUCCAGCCAAUGGAAUAAAGAUGAGAAUAGCAGCGUUGACGAUUUUCACAGGAAGGAUGCUGGGUUAUUACAAAUUCAAGAUGAGCGUGACUUUGAAGACUUUUUUCUUGACUUUGAAGAAGAUUUGAAAGCUCAUCAUUCAGUGCAAUGCUCACCUUCUCCAGGUCCCUUCAAACCAUGUGACCAUCUGUUUGGUAGCUGGCUGAUCAGGAUUGGAGUGUGGACCAUAGUGGGUUUGACCUUCGUUUGCAAUGCGCUGGUGUCUGCUACAGUUUUCCGAUCUCCAUUGUAUAUGUCCUCCAUAAAACUCUUGAUCGGUUUAAUAGCUAUUGUAAAUGCCUUUAUGGGUCUGGCCAGCGGAGUACUGGCUAGCGUGGACGCAUCAACUUUUGGUAGCUUUGCUCAGUAUGGAGCACAGUGGGAAAGUGGAAUCGGUUGCCAAAUAACUGGCCUUCUUUCCAUUUUUGCUUCAGAGGCUUCCAUUUUCCUCCUUACCCUGGCUGCACUUGAACGUGCAUUCUCUGUAAAGCACGCUACAAAGUUUGAAACAAAAUCCUCCAUUGCUAGUGUAAAAAUUGCCAUUUUCUUUUGCUUUAUGUUGGCACUGAUCAUUGCAGUGAUACCACUCCUCACUGGGAGUGAGUAUGGGGUUUCUCCGCUUUGUUUACCACUACCAUUUGGAGAACCCACGGCUAUGGGCUACAUGGUAGCACUGGUAUUGCUGAACUCCCUUUGCUUUCUGGUAAUGACUAUUGCUUAUACAAAGCUCUACUGUAGUUUAGAAAAGGGCGAACUAGACAACAUUUGGGAUUGCUCUAUGGUCAAACAUAUAGCCUUGCUACUUUUUACUAAUUGCAUUCUUUAUUGCCCUGUUGCCUUCUUAUCUUUUUCCUCCUUACUAAACCUCACUUUUAUCAGCCCAGAAGUGAUUAAAUCAAUACUGCUAGUGAUUGUCCCACUGCCUGCAUGUCUAAACCCUCUCCUUUAUAUACUUUUCAAUCCACACUUUAAGGAGGACUUGGGAAGUCUGCGAAAGCAAACUUUGUUGUGGAGGAGAUCAAAACACGCUAGUCUGAUCUCUGUGAAUUCAGAAGACAUAGAAAAACAAUCUUGUGACUCAACACAAGCAUUGGUAACCUUCACAAGUGCCAGCAUAUCAUAUGACAUGCCUACCAGCAAUUCACUAAUGCCGUCGUCUUAUCAAAUGACAGAAAGCUGCAAUCUUUCAUCGGUCGCAUUUGUUCCGUGUCACUAG